UACCUUUUAGAAUUUCGCUCAUUUUUUUGUGUUCGUGUUUAUUUUUCCUUCGAAGUUGAAAUUGUCCAAACUAUCACAGCAAUUAUGCCCAUCCAAUUGUUUGAAUCUGAAGAUCACGCGUCGACUUAUGUUCGUUCUCGUCCAUCGCCACCACUUUCGUUGAUUAACUCAAUCGUCGAUUUUGUUGAUGCUGGUAAUCAAAAGAACGAAAAUGGAACCUGGUCAAGAGCUGUCGAUGUUGGAUCAGGUUCAGGUCAGAAUACUUUUCUAAUAAAAGAUUAUUUUGAUGAGAUUCUCGGUGUUGAUAUUAGUUCCGCUCAAAUCGCCGAGGCCAAUAAACGAAACACUUACCCAAAUAUUUCAUUCAAGGUUUCUGGUGCUGAAUCGAUUCCAUUGGAAGAUAAAUCAGUUAAUCUUGUUACAGCUUCUCAGUGUCUCCAUUGGUUUGACAUAACCUCAUUCUACAAGGAAGUGGAUCGUCUUCUUGCCCCCGGUGGUGUUUUCGCUGCUUCAGGUUACAUUUGUUAUCCACUUCGAUCACCAGAUGAUUGUCCGGUUAACGAUAAAAUGGCCUCGGUAAUUGAAAACGCGUUUAAUAAUCUUGAACUAUUAGGUUGUUGGGAACAGCCAAUGAUGAAUUUCCUUCAUUCAAAGUAUGACAAUCUAAAGUUACCUUAUCGUAAUUGUAAACGAUUAACUGAUAUCGUUUGUCCAGUUACCUACGAUGGUCAAACUUUCCUCGAAUAUAUUACCUCCUGGUCAGCAUAUAAUACUUUGGCCUUGAAAAGUCCAGAAAAAGCGACGAUCUUCAUUGACGAUAUUGUAAAUCGGAUGAAGAAUAUUCUUGGAACCGACGAUUUCGCUUCUAUUAAGAUCAAUCUAAAUUUCGAAUUUUUUCUCCUUUUAUCACGAAAAUGAACUGUUCACAAUUCAAUAGACAUUAAAAUAUAAUCUUUACUUAUCACUCAUUACUAUUACACCGAGAAUCAAAUUAACGUCUAGCAAUUAAACACUAACCCAGUUACUACCUUGUGUCUUUGUAACCAGUCAAUUAAAGUUAAUCAAUUGUAAAAUUUUAAAUACGAACCAAAUCUCGUGAUUAUUUUGAGUUGGAAACGUUAAUAAAAUUUCAUU